CCUGUAGUCUGUCAUGUCACUUCUAGUGCUGGAUACGCCGCUUACUUCACGCAGCGGCUUCGUGCGUGGUCGCAAGAGAAUCAAGCCGCAUCCCGUGUCGGAGCUGCAGAGCCAAACGUAUUGUGAACGAUCCAGCUCGGACGAGGAGAAUGGCGACAAGAGUAGCUCCAUGGAUGCGGAGGCCUCCAUGCUGGACGACAGCUGUGUGCAAAACUGGAGCAACGAGCAGAAGACCUACAGGCGAUACCCGUUACGCAGAAAGACUUUUCGUUAAUUGUGUUUAUUUAAAUGAUUAGAAUAUUUGUGACAGGAACAGCAGCGAAAAAGCUUAAAUGUAAAUUAAAUUAACUAAAGAACUUGA